CGUAAAGGAGAACCGUAGCUGUCGCAAAACGACGCGUCGUCAGUGCGGAAGCAAACAGAGGAUCAGUGUGAGCUGUCAGGCAGAGAAGAGGAGGAAGAGGAGGAGGAAGAGGAGGAGGGGACAGUGAAGAUGAAGUUAUUAUAACUGUGUGUGUAUGAAAAGAUGGACUUUAACACUGUCCUGGUGACUGGAGGCUCCGGAUUCAUCGGCUCCCAUCUUGUGUGUUCACUGGUCGACAGACACCCUGACUGGAGAAUUAUUAACCUGGAUAAUUUGGAUUACUGCUGCAGCCCCAGGAGUCUGGAGAGCAUUGAAGACAGAGCAAACUACACCUUUUUCAGAGGAGAUGUGUGUAACUCGCGGUUGGUCGACCACAUUUUCAACACAGAGAACAUCGAUGUGGUUUUCCACCUGGCGGCCAAAACACAUGUCGAGUCGUCGUUUGAAUCUCCUUCCACUUUCCAGCGGGUGAACGUCGACGGCACCAGAGUUUUACUUGCAGCUGCACAUCAGGCCAGACACCGGCCUCAGCGCUUCAUCUACGUCAGCACCGAUGAGGUGUACGGAGCUGGGCUGGACGAGGUGUUUGAUGAGAGCAGCCCGGUGAGGCCGUCCAACCCGUACUCUGCCACGAAAGCAGCCGCAGAGUUCCUGGUCAGAUCCUACUGGGAUGAAUACAAGUUUCCAAUCAUCAUCACCAGGAGCAACAACAUCUACGGGCCCCGGCAGUUCACUGAGAAGGUCAUUCCGAGGUUUCUCACCCUGUUGCGAAUGAACAAGAAAUGCACCAUCCAGGGAACGCUCCCUAAAUCUCGCCAUUUCCUGUUCAUCGACGACGCCGUCAGUGCCUUCCUGCUGGUCCUGGAGAAAGGGAUUGUGGGCGAAAUCUACAACAUGGGGUCAAGCUGCGAGAUUCCCAUCAUGCAACUGGCCAGGCAGCUUAUAAGGAUGGUGAAGAAUGUUCCGGACUCGGAGGUGAACGAUUGGCUCGACUUUGUGCCUGACAGGCCGCAGGUCGACCUCCGCUACCCAAUCACGUGCGAGAAGCUGCAGCAGCUGGGCUGGAGGGCCGAGGUGUCCUGGGCUGAGGGCAUCAGACAAACUGUAAAAUGGUACCAGGAGCACCCAGACUUCUGGUCAGAUGCCGGCGAGGACUUGAGACAAAUCCGGGGCGACCCCGCGCUUUGACGAAUCGAAGACUGAACUGAGUCACCAGGCAGCGAUGUUAUUUUUUUUUUAUUUCACAUAUUUGUGUGGCACAAAUUGUGUUAUGGCUGAUUUACAGCUCAAAUAACAACUGGUGCUUCAUUAGCCUCAGUAUUAUGUCUGAAUGACCGUUGGACCAACCGAGGUGCAGCCUCUUUUUAACCAAAGCUUCUACUGGAAAUGGAUGCACUUUAUCUCGAUAUUAAUUACAGAUUCAGCUGAUGUUGUCUAGCAGACCUGUUCUGCUCAACUUUGGCUUGUUCACUUUUUAUUCACAUAGUUUAGAUGUUUGAAAAAAAGCUCUGAAUGUACAUAGAAACCUGAAAGCUCCUCAUUGUGCUCUUGAAGAUCUCGGAAUUUGAUCGCCGUUUCUCGACAGCAUUGUUUGUUUUGGUGUUUCCCUGAGGGCGAAUACACAAACUGGUCAAACUGGGCUGAAAAACCAAAUGAAGAACCACGUCAUCUCUCGCUGUCACAUCUCAAACUGCAGCUUCACAUUUGUGUCAGACCCUGGAUUUAUUUUGGAACCGUUGAUGGACUUUCAGGAGCUUGUACAAACAUGUACUUGUAUCUUUCACACAUUUUUCUUUCAAUCCUCUGUGUACAUUUCAAUUCAGCAGGUAGCUUGAUAAUCCAGUGACCAAAUAUUGUAGUGCGGCGCAGAACAGGGAAGACAUUAGGUCAUUUGUGUUUAACCAAUGCUGCCAUUUUGCACAUUUGGAGCGAGAGUCUGUGCAGGAGCGAUCGUGGUGUGGCGACAACUUAACAUUUCAAACUUUAACAGUAUUUUGUCUAAAGAUAUUUUUGUUAUAACAGCAGCCUCAUAAUAAGGUUGAGAAGUGAACCACAGCUAAUUUAAAGUCCUUUAUCUCAGUCAGGUGUUUUGCGCUUGACAUUUUUUCAUAUGAUGCUGAAGAAUAUUUUUAAGCAGAAAUAAACUUGAUAUUUUAUA